UGUGAAGGCUUAAAGUUUGUAUAUUGUGAUGGGAUACCUUUAAUGUUCAAAUGUGCUCAGUUGGCUUCAUUAAUAUGUGUUAGCCCUCCCACUCAAUAUCACCACAAGCCGUCACUGGUGUCUCUGGUCAGUGAGGACGACAGUUCUGCUGGAUAGACGGUGAUGAAAAACACGACCAAGAAGACCAGGACUCAGUGUGGAUCUGGGUGGGGAAAACCUGCUGGUUCUUCUUGUAGGAAUGACUACAUUCUCCCACAGGACUCUGGAGUUUACUGGUGUGAGUCCAGAGAGGGAGCAACCAGUAACAGCAUCACCCUCACUGUCACUGGUGGAUCAGUGAUCCUGCAGAGUCCUGUCCUCCCUGUGAUGGAGGGAGAUGACCUCACUCUGAGCUGUCAAUCAAAGCCUCCCUCCAACCUCCCAGCUGCUUUCUAUAAAGAUGGCUCCCUCAUCAGGACUGAGUCUACAGGUCACAUGACCCUCCACCAUGUUACCAGGUCUGAUGAAGGUCUCUACAGGUGUAGCAUCAGCAGUCAUGGAGAGUCUCCACCCAGCUGGAUCUCUGUCACAGAAAAACCUACAACCACAACCCCGCCCACUACUGUAGCUCCUCCCACUGCUUUAUCCUCCCUCCAUCUUGGGUUCAUGCUGCUCCGCUACCUGCUGGUGUUUUGUCCGUACUUCAUCUCCACCCUCCUCAUGGUGUCUUUAUAUCCACACAGAGACACAGGAAGUGACCUGGCCGUCUCCAUGGUGAUGACUCCAUCCACCCAGGCUGAUCAGGGAUUGGAUGAUGACUAUGAUGAUGUCACCACAGAGCAUCAUCUAAACUGAGCUGAACAUCUCAUCUCUCUCUUCUCCUGAUGUUCUUCUUUCACAUGAGAACUUUCUAGAACUGAGGUCAACAUCUGUGAACAGAGACGUCACAUCUGUCUGUUUAUCCUGGAAAUAAAGCAGUGAAGGGGGCGUGGCCUGUCUGCUCUG